AUGCCGAGCUCGCGUGUGAACACCAAACUGCCGACCAAGGUGCACACUGUGACGAAAGAUCAAUUAUUGAAACGACCUGCAAAUCUUCCCAUUUUUGCCAGCUUUCUGAAGCAGAAAGUUCGUUGCACUUUGCUUGCAAGAGCAAACUUUCCCACCGAGCGAGGUAUGCCGGAUACUGGAUCCUAUGACAGUUUCUUUGAAAGGUGGGGUAUCAAUCAGCUGGACGUUCCGUUUGCCGAUGGUACUGCGCCACCAAAAAAGCUGGUCUCGCAGCUCAUCUCAUCAGUGGAACAGCUGCUGAAAGGGAUUGCUUUGACUGAUGGUCCGGAGGACACCGGCGAGAGAUGCAAACCUGAGUGUGAUGUAGUCUCGGUAGUGGUUCACUGCAAGUCUGGCCUGGGCCGGUCGAUGGCGCUGCUGGCGGCUUUGGCGAUAGCCUUUUGCCCAGGUCUGACCGCUGGAGCCUUCUUUGGUUGGGCACGGUUGGUACGACCUGCUUGCCUACAGACUCCAAUGCAAGAACGAUUUCUUAGAUCGCUGGAUGAGACCCCGGACUGCAACUGCUUCUUUGCAUGUUUCAAGAGCAAGAAAGUCACGUCCCCCACGGUGAUCUCUGGCGGAUCUCAUGGUACAACAGAUACAACCAUCUCAGUCUGA